AUGAACCCCUCUGUUGUGGCUGCCCACAAGAGGAUUGGACUUCUCCAAAAGUUCAACAAAUGGCAAGGGAAAGCCAUUGAGAAGAUGCAAAAGUCCAUGGACAAGAUGGUGAGCAAGAUCAAAAGUUUGGAGAAGAAGGUUUCUGGUUCUUCAAGCAAGAAGAAGAAGUCCAAGGCCCCCACAUUCCCUAGGAGUAGAUCACUCCUCACCACUCCAAGGAGGCUCCCUGCCCAAGAGCCUCACAGAGCCUCUUCUUUCGAGCCAAGGGAAGGAGAAGACAACACGCAGAGAAGGAGGAAGACUUCCAAGGCCAGACGCUCCAGCUCGACCACCGGACUCGAUCGAGUCCAAACAGAGGAAACUCAACUCGAUCGAGCUGACGGUCGAGCUGACCAGGAGGAGCCCCAGUUCGAGGAUCCGGGAUUUGAAUACGAUCCCAUGCCUUACCAGGAGCCUCCCCGGAGUAGAUGGAACCCCUAUGGACAGUACGAGCUAGCCAUGCUGAUAUACCCAUAUCUUUCAUGUUUUUAUCAAGGUCAAAAUAGCAAAGAAGAGUCAAAAUGGAGCAAAAAGAGUCAAAUCACCAAGUUCCCAAGUCUAGAGCACCAAAAUCUACAUUUCUCGCUAAAGACCAAACCGGAGCAUCCGAAGUACGACCGCAUAUUCAUGCCUUCCCGACGUCCAAAAGUCAUGUUUCUUAUAUGGAAAGAUAGAUAUUUGAGUCAUGACCCGCGGCGAAGUGGAAAGAGGUCAUUUGGAUCACUCGUUGGACCGGAACUUAUUUUCUACCAAGACAUGUCCGACGAGCGCCUAAGUAGAGCCCAUGGAGACUUUGAUGGAUCAAGAGGCCCGAGAUACCGCGCCCAAGGCCUUGGCUCAUCUUGA